AUGGCCUCCCUCCUUAGCUUCCUUGUGGUUGGUUGUCGGCAAGGACAGAGGGGACCAGAGCAUAUCCUUGGGAAAGAAGAGAAAGUCUCGAAGGCCACUAGCCUCGACGAUAGUGGAGCGAGCCAUAACGUGAAGAACCAAAACCUCUCAUUCCAAGGCGGAGAAUUGAACGCGCUACACGCGCUGCAUCCCAAAAUCACCUUUUUCCAAAAUUUGCCGAUUAUUUGCUUCACGGUGGCGACGCCACCAAUUGACUUCACUUUCUCUGCUUCCCGACCUUCGGGAAGUGGAGGGUCUUUUGAAACUGCUGGUGCUAAGAGAAGCCGUAUCCUUGAACCUAAUGGUACUGAUGCGGGAGCUAUGGAGGUUGAGCCUUUUCCUACGGUAGCGCCGAAACCUAUAAUGAAUUUUUGUGAAAAGCUCAUGAACCCAAGUGGGAUCGGAGUGCAUAAGGAGGAUCUGGUGGUUAUGGAGGAAGAUAAACUCACAAUAGAGGAUGACGAUUUUGAGGUUUCAGAGGGUACUCGUGGUCCUUGCAUACGCUUUUGCACCAAGGUGAAGGAACGACUCUACCAUCCCUGA